AUGUGCGCACUAAUUCCCCUCACCCUCGCGAACCUUUUCCUCAUCACCUCCCUCCUCGCCACCUUCAAUCCUAAGAACUACAUCAUUGUCCGAUCCCCUUCACCCGCCGGCGACAUUGUGUGGCCUCCGUGCCCCUCCGCCGCCCUCCAGCAGCUCCUUGAGCGCUGUACCCGUCUGGAGGCGCUGGAGAUGCCGGCCGCCGAGCAGAGCAGCGCCCCGGAGCCGCUGCUGAGCGCCGCGGAGCAGGGGCUCAGCCGACCGGCGGGGGCCUGGGUGCUACAGCAGCUGCCGGUGUCGCUCACGCAUCUGAGCCUGACGGAGUGCGGGUCGCUGCAGCCAACAUCCCUCAUGCACCUGGGGCCACUCACAGCACUCACGAAGCUAAGCAUCCGGGGCCUGAGAGAGGUGGAGCUCGUGGGCCAGGCGGGAGCUGACCCAGGUGACCCAUGGGACGGCCUGCUGCCCGCCUUCCUGCCCUCCCUCACUGGCCUCACGCGCCUGGCCUUCCACCCGCCUUCGCUGAACGACGCCGCAGCCGCGCUGGCGCCCCUCGCAGCCGUGCCCUCCCUGGCGCGUCUGGAGCUCGGUGGAUGCGGCGGCGGCGGCGGCGGCGAUUGCGCGGCGGCGCCGCUGCGGCUACACGAGGGGGCAUGGCGCGUCCUGGCGGCGAUGCCUUCCCUGGAGCAGCUGCUGUUGGGAUAUUGCAAUGCGGCUGUGGGCGGGGCGGUGACGUCGUCCUCGUCGUUUUCUUCUUCUACGCCGCCUUGGGUGUCGGGGCCUAGAGCAGGGCACACGUAUCCGUCUGCGGCGGCGGCGGCGGCGGGCGUGGGACUGGCGGCGGCGGCAGCCGCCGCAGCCAGUUUGUCCUCGUGGGGAGUUCGGAGCAGCGGCGGUGGCGGGUGUGGAUGGAUUAUGGGUCUAGGCAGCAGACGCAGCGGCGGCGGCGGCGACGGCGGCUGGGGAUCGGGUUGCGCCGCCCUUGGCAGCGGACUGUACGGGCGGAACCAGUACGGCAAUCAUACGACCCCUGAGGACAGUCCCGUACGCUUUGGUGCUGUUGGUGCCUCGGGUGGUGGGGGUGAGGGUGGGGAUGGCUGGGAGAUGGGUAGUCGGGCGCUUGGCGGGAGCGCGGCGGUGCUGUCCCCCGCUUCGGCAUGGGGGAGUACUGGGGGUACGCCUGGGGUAGGUGACGCUGCUCGCGAGCAGUACGAAUGCAGAGAGGGCGGGGACCCGCUGGCGAGGCCCGAACCCGGCGGCGGCGGCGACGGCGGCGGCGCCGACGGCGAUUGUGUAACGCAUGCGGAGAUCCGUAAGGCUGCCGUACUCUUGGCUGGCGGCGCUGGGGCGUGCUGGAAUGCGGCCGGGGCUGUGUCGCAGGAUGGUGAGGCCGGCGGGCAGGAGUUCUGUGGGGCAGGAGGAAAAGCUCCUUUGCCGUCGGCGCCGCCGGCGGCGUCGGCGGUGGCGGCGGUGGAAGCAACCGAAGUGGAUCGCAUCCCAGCGACGGGACUGUCCACCGCCGUCGCGGGCUCUGCGGCGUCACCGACGGAGUCCCUGCCACGGGAGCUAAGCAUGUCGUACAGCCGUACCGUCGCGGGUUCUCCGCCGGCAGUGGUGCUAGGUACGGAGGGCAUUCCAAGGUCUCAUCAGACCCCGGCAACUACUGCUGCCGCUACGGGUGUAGCAACCCCCUCUGAUCACACCGCCGCCGCCGUCAGCGUGGAGCCCAGCUGCGUCGGCAGUAGCAGCGCACCUAGCAGCCGUAGCAGCUACUGCGCAAAUGCAUCACGCUGGCGCGUCCCGAACAGCGCCACUAGCGCGAGACCUGCAUCCGAAGGCGGCUACAGCUGGUGCAGUAGCUGCGCUAAUAACGAUGAUGCAGUGGUGACUGCCGCCGGCGCCGCCGCCGCCGCUGCCGCCGCCGCCGCCAGAUGCCGCGAUGGGGAGAGGACCCGGCAACUGCCGUUGCUCGGUACAACUGCUGGUAUCGAUUUCGCUGCUGACGGCGGCGGCGGCGGCGGCGUUCAAGAACCGGCCGUCACUGAUGCCAUGGAUGGCGGCGACAGCAGCGCCGUUGGACAGCCGUUGGUUAGAUCAGGCAGCAGUGGCGGCGGCGGCGCUGAUGCCGCCGGCGCUGCCUCGGCCAUUGGAGCCGGCAGCGGCGUCACCGCGGCACUAGAAGGACCGCCGCCGCGGCUACUGCCGCCGCAAAGGGCUCCGCCGCUCACAGGCACAGACCUAGUGGACAAUGGCGGUGGCGCAGCGUCGAUUACGGAUGUGGGUACAUGGAGUCGUACGUCAGCAGGGCAGGCGGAAGCCGCGAUCGUGACGGCGGCUUUGACGGCGGCGGCGGCGUAUCGUGCGGCGACGUUGGAAGCGGCUGCAGCCCGCCAGGGCAGCCCCAUGGGUGGCGCAGAUGACGGAAUGUUGCGGCAGUCGACGGCAGCGGCUGUCGCGGCGGCGUGGGACGUGGCCGCCGCUACUGCGACUACCGCCGCUACCGCCGCUACUACAGCUCAUUUCGUCCCUGCAGCCGCAACCGGCGGCGGCGGCGGCGACGGAAGCUCCGCCGCGCCCGGGGAACACAGCGGUCUUGACGCUGCAGCCCCAGCGGACCCUGACGCAGACGUCGCGGACUUGUACGGCACAAGCUUGCUGAAGAGCACGACGCAACAACCUUGUGGUGGUGGCGGCGCCGACGUCAGCAGCCCCAAAAUUUUCGCGCCGGUUUUCGUCGCGCCUUCUUCCGCGUCCACUGUACCGUCUCAGGGAGGGGGCGGUGUUACUUGCGAGGAUCUACCGCCAGCGGCGGCGACGGCAACGGCGACGGCGGCAGUGGCGGUUGUCGCCGCCGUCACCCUCGCCUCCUCUGGCUCGGUCCAAAACAGUGCCGCCACCUCUCUUAAAAGAGCGGGCAGUGCGGCGGCGGAUCUCGGCGGGUACGACAACCGCGGCAGCGGCGGUAGCGGUUUUUCCCUCGCCGGCGGCGGGGGCGGCGGGGCCGGCAGUGUCCUGAACAAGCUCCAUGCGCAAGCUAAUGGAGGCGUUAUCUCUUUUUCCUUCUUACGACGCCUGUCACUACUGCGCAUCGGCGACGUUGAUGUCGUACAGCUAGCAAGCUGCGCAUCGCUCCAGGCAGGGUUGCUAAGCCUAUCCAUGUCAGACUGUACGGACCUGGGUGAAGGCGGCAUGAAGGGGGCCCCUCCACAGUCCAUUUCCAAGCUCCGGCGCUUAGAGCACCUCAGUCUGAGAGGCCUGAAGACGACCUUCGACGUCAUCAUCGGCGGCUGGACGACGCUGAGGGAGCUGCGGGCGCUGGAGCUGGGACUCAGCCCGGCAGCGGCGGCGGCGGCCCUGGCGGCGGGGGUAAAUGCAGGUAUGGCGGCUUCCGCCGCCGCCAUCGGUACGGUAACAGUAGCAGCGUCAGCGCCGCCGCCGCCACCGCUUGUGCAUGUGGGCCCUACGGGCGACGGCACGUUGCGGCGGUUUAGUACGGGCUGCGGGGACGAGGUGGGGCUUCAGCAGGGGGGGAAGGGCAGCAGCGGCGGCGGCGGCGACGGCGACGGCGACGGCGACGGCGGGAAUGAUGGCACUGUUGGCGGCGAUAUGGUGGAGCCGGGUCAACGUGGGGGGCCACCGGGGGUCGGCGAUGACGGCGGCUACGGCGGCGGCGGCGAUGGCGGUACUGGUACGACUGACCGUACUUGUGGCAAGUGGCCGCCAACACCCGCCGUCGGUGCGGCGACUGAGUUAAUGGAGCUUCAGGCCGCACUGUGCGAGUCCGCAGGUGCCGCUGCCGCUAGCGGCGGUAGCGGCGGCGGCAACCAGUUGCCGUCGUACCAGGCGUACGAUGACGACCUGGACGCCACGGUCGCCAUGGUGGCGGCGGCGGGCGGCUUUAAUAGCGACGUCGACUACGAUGAUGACGCUGGGGGGAGCACGUACGCGGAGGCUAUGUACGGCAGUGGGUCGUCUCGCAGGUCCAGCGAUACCGGCGCCGCCAUAUGCUCCGUUGACUUCGUCAGUGGUGGCGAGGAGGAUGAAGAAGAGGAUGAGCUUUGUACGAGUAUUUGUUUAAUGGGCAGUGAUGGCGGAUUUGACAUCCCCACCGCCACCGCCGCCGGCGGUGGUGGCGGCAGCAGCGGCGGCGGUCCGGGGCUGGCGGGUCUCCAGGUGUUGCUGCAGCUGCUGCCAAAGGUUAAGGAGCUCUACCUUCACAACCUGCCAAAUCUUACUCCUGGAACUGUAGAGCAAGUGGCACAUUACACACUUUUACACACUGCUUAG